AUGGAACUGGGUGCAGCUCCGUGCCACACGCCACAACGUGAAAUGUAUUUUAUCACCAAGUUUCCACAAUCACUCCUCAAGCAAUUGGGACAGUUUCUAGCCGAUGAGAGUACAACGGAUUACAAGAAGCUGAGACAGCAAUUUGCUAAACUUACUGACGAAUCCACUCAGGAGGUGAGAAAUGGCAACAAGGCUUCUGUGUGUGGAACUCUCCUUGGAAACGUUGCCAAGAAUCGCUAUACACAUAUUCUUCCGUAUGACAGAUACCGAGUAAUUCUGGGACGCACGUGGGACGACUUUCAACGACUCCAAACAGUCCAACCAUCCUUGCAUUCAUCGGUUGGUAACUAUAUAAACGCCAGCUACAUCGGGGUCUGCAAUACAGACAUCAAUGGAAAAGUCUUUAGCCAGGAAUCUAUCGCUAAACCCAGAUUUAUCACUACUCAGGACCCUUUGGAGAAUACUAUUGGGGAUUUCUGGAAAAUGGUCUACGAACAACAAGUUCCCACUAUCAUCCGACUUUCAGAAUCAUCAGAAUACAAGGAUGAGGUGCUGAAAUACUGGCCGCAGGAAAAAGGCGAAAAGGCCUCCUAUGCAACGAAUCCUAGCAAAAUGUGGGUUAGGUUACUGCACGAGGAGCAAAAACCCGUGUGGAUGGAGAGGAGCUUUAAAAUCUGGCUCGAUGGUCACAAAAAUUUGUCCAUGUUUGUGCACCACUUGCAGUACGUAGGGUGGAUGACGAAUUGCGUCCCGGCCUCUACGAAUCUUCUUAAAUUCAUUGACGAUGUUACCAAUCCCCUCGUCCCAAUCGCGACCACUGCUGGACCGAUGGUAGUUCAGUGCAGAGGAGGUAUUGGUAGGAACGGUUUCUUCGUGGCCGCCUCCCUAAUAAAAGAGAACAUCGAAAUGGGCAUAAAGGGCGUGGAUAUAUACAAUACUAUCAAACAGCUGCGCAACUACCAGAUGGCACUUGUGAAUUCCGUGGAUUACUACAUAGAACUCCAUAAUUUUGCCCUUCAAGCCUACCUACAAGCAAAAGGGGGCGGAUGCAAAUACUUGGAGUACAAAGAAUUCGACUAA